AUGGAUGUUAAUAGUGGCUCAAAUACUUCUUUCUUGUUUGAUAGUUGGUCGCCGCUGGGGAGUCUAAUUGAGCUAACAGGGGAACGAGGCACAAUGGAUCUGGGUAUUCCUCUAAAUAGUACGGUGGAAAGGGCUAUACAGCUAUACCGGCCAAAGAGACAUAGAGUAUCCAUUCUUCAGUUGAUUGAUAAAGAGAUUGGGGUGUUGAAAAACAGAGGAUUGAAUCAGCAGGAUGAUAUAUGUCUUUGGAAGAGAGAAAAUGGGGAUUUUAAAGAAGGUUUCUCCACGGCGCAAACUUGGAACAUUACUAGAGCUCAGUCACCGAGUGUCUCUUGGUUCAAAGGAGUAUGGUUUCCUGGUGCUACUCCAAAGUUUUCUUUCCUCAUAUGGAUUGCAAUACAUAAUAGACUAUCAACAGGAGACAGGAUUUUAAGAUGGAAUCCUCAGGCUGUAUCUACAUGCUGGUUGUGUAAAACGGCUCCUGAAACGAGGGAUCAUUUGUUCUUUGAGUGUGCUUAUUCACAAGAAGUUUGGUUGAAGACUAUCAAGAACCUAGCAGGUAACAGAAGAAGUUGUGAUUGGUCUAGUGUGGUUCAAGUGGUGGUGAAUGGAUUCCAUGGUAGGAUUGUGACUUUUCUUCUUCGCUAUUGUUUUCAAGCUGUCGCAUAUGCAUUAUGGCAUGAACGAAACGUGAGAAGGGUGAGUGAACCUUCUUUGCCUGCCCGUUGUCUAGUUGCUCGAUUGGAUAAGUUGGUCAGGAACAGGAUCACGUCUUUGAGGAGGAAGAAAGGAGGAAAAUAUGAGAAGGCAAUGAAGGUUUGGUUUAGUAGAAGCUAA